AUGGACGACAUUGUUUCCGAUGCGGAAGUUGAGAAAGCUGUUGAACUGCUCAGGAAGACGGGGAAGUAUAUUGUCGUCCCUGUCAACGCACCUUCCACACCACCACUACCACCACGACCACCACCCACCAGUACCACACCAAACGACAAGGCGACUGAAGCCCCAACCGCACCCCCAGCUGUCUCUAGGUGGGCGGUGCCUAAGUGGGCGGCACUCCGCAAAAUUUGCGACCGCUUCCCUCCCACUCCGUUCUUGCCAGAAAGUCUCUUUCCAUAUGGCACAGACAUGAUUCCCGUCGGCUCCACUCCCGACCCCAGUGUCUGGAAACAAGAAUGGGACCAACAACAGCCAGGUCCAGUGCAUCUCGUCAACUAUGGCUUCGCCCUCGAUGAGGCCUGGGCUAUCAAGUUCGCGGCCCAAUGCCAAACACGCUUCCACAUGGAGCAGCGGAUGACGCCGCAGUUGUUUAAGAGGAGCAGCUGUCCACGCAUCAUCGACUUUGCAACACUCACGCCGGACGUGCUUGCGUCGAUGAAGAAAGACCGGGAUUACUGGAAGUACGUGUGGGCCGGGCUGAAGAACUUGAUCCUCGCGCACGCUUCGGAGAAGUUCGAGCCGAUGUAUAUCACGUUGGGUCACCCAAUUAGCCGCGAUAAUCUGAUUGUGCUCGUUCUCUUUGACAACUACAACGCGACGAAACGGGUGUGGCUCACCGGCUGCCUCACCCACGAGCCCAUCAUGGACACCGUGAACAAGGUCAAGGAGUGGUUGACCUUGCCGGGCUUGGAGCCACCGGAGGCGAUGUGGUGGUAUGAAAGCACCUCGCCCCUAAUCCCGACGCUCGAGGAAGAAUUGGACGACUGA